UAUAAAGUCGGUUACGCAUUCAAUUUGAAAAUGGCUUGCAUGAGUUUUUUGAGUCGUGCUUUUCGUUUUCUUUGUUGUGGCUUCGUGCCUUCUACGCAGGAAGAGCUUACGGACCUCAGCUCUGAGCCGGUGCCUGUCAUCGUGACUCGAAGUGAGAUCCAGGAUGAGGAUGAGGAGCCCACUCCUUCCAUGGCUGUGGAGUGGAUGACAGAUGAUGAGCCAGCAGAGGUUGUGUCCUUGGUGCAGCGGGUGCCAAGUUGUGUGGGGAUGGUAUUUUCUUUUUCUAAUCCUAUGGUUGAGACCUCUUCUCCGGUGGCUGUUGAGGUCCAGCCACAGGAUGUUGGUCAGGCUGUGGUGGAGAAGACUUGCCCCGCUUUCCUGUCUGUGAGUGAGCCACAGCCCCUAGAGUACAUUCUACCUAGAACCACCGAUCAGCUCUUGAUGGUGCAAGAGCAGCCAGGUCCCGUGUUUGUUGCGGAGUUGCUCCCAACACUGGCUGUUAGUUUCCUUGGCCCAGAUAAGGAACUAGUUGGUGCGGACAAGGAUGGGAACGGGGACCGUGGCAGGUAUGGUGUAGGUGAGACAUUUUCUUCUUCUUAUCCUACGGUUGAGACCUCUUCUCCAGUGGCUGUUGAGGUCGAGUCGCAGGAUGUUGGUCAGGCUGUGGUGGAGGAGACAUGUCCCGUUUUCCCGUCUGUGAGUGAGCCACAGCCCAUAGAGAACGCUCUACCUAGAACCACAGACCAGCUCUUGAUGGUGCAAGAGCAGCCAGGUCCUGUGUUUGUUGCGGAGUUGCUCCCAACACUGACCGUUAGUUUCCUUGGCCCAGAUAAGGAACUAGUUGGUGUGGACGAGGAAGGAAACGGGGACUGUGGCAGGUAUGAAGGUGUAGGUGAGACAUUUUCUUCUUAUCCUACGGUUGAGACUUCUUCUCCGGUGGCUGUUGAGGUCGAGUCGCAGGAUGUUGGUCAGGCUGUGGUGGAGGAGACAUGCCCCGUUUUCCCGUCUGUGAGUGAGCCACAGCCCAUAGAGAACGCUCUACCUAGAACCACAGACCAGCUCUUGAUGGUGCAAGAGCAGCCAGGUCCCGUGUUUGUUGUGGAGUUGCUCCCAACAUUGACUUUCAGCUUCCUUGGCCCAUAUAAGGAGCAAGUUGAUGUUAAGGAGCACGGACACGGGGACUCUGGCAGGUAUACAGGUAAAACUGACUUGGAGCAGGAUGAUGGUAAGAGUUGUGUUGGGUAUGAAGGUACAGCUACAGCAGAGGAUGACCAGGUUGUUUGGGAUCGAACCAAUGUCUCGGAGCUGCUUGAUGUAGGAGAUGACAGCAGAUUGGACACUACGUACGUGAUAGAGUCGACAAACGAGGACUCUGUGGAGGAGAGUCUGAACACCACGUACACGUUAGUGUCGUUGGAGGACAGAUUAGAUAGGACGUUCACUGUUGACACUUGGGAGUGUUUGAACAGAACGUUCAUUAAUGAUGAGUAUACUGUGUAUUUCUCAACAGAUGGUGAUGAACCUCCAGUGUUUCCACCAGUUGUUGAUCAGGUCUCUGAUUUUGAUGAUUUGCUUAGGUGGUAUCUUAGGGAAUGGAACGGUGAUGUGCUCAGAAUGUAUCCGUCAAGAACAAGACAAAGAAGGGUUAUGUGUUAAGAUACUGAUUUACUCUUCAGACUUGGUAUGCCAGAUAUGUAUACUCAGAUCAAAGGUGUCAUAACUUUUUAAUUGAUAUUUCAAGGUUAAUUAGGGACUCUAAUAUACAAAUAUGUUCUACGUUCUACUCUUCCUCCACAAACCUAGACAUGACUAUAUCUAGAUGACCAGGGUACAAUCACUAACCUGCUAUAAGCCAACUGGAUGUCUUCCUCAUAUAUCUUUAAUGUUCAUCAUUUAAAUAUCAUUAUUCUUCCAAUCACAUUUAUCCAUUCUCUCAUUAUUUUUACUUUUGAAUUUUGAAUUACUGUUAGAAAUAAAAUUCAGAAAUUAAUAAGUACAUUUGUUUCUAUCAUUAAAUUUUUGAAUUUUUAAUAUUAUUGAAAAUUUUAGGGUUUUUGUUGGGUUGAUUCGAUGCCUUUUCCUUUGUUAUUAUCUAUUAAUUGGAUGUAUGCCCCCACAUGCAUUGUUUUAAUAGAUAAUUUCUGACUGUGAGUCACCCAUCAUUAAUCCAUUCUAUUAUUUUUAAACUGUUAGAGCAUUAGGACUAAGUUUCAGAAAUUAAUUAAGUACAUUCAUGUUUAUCUUUAAAUUUUUGGUAUGUUUGAAUUAAUUUUUAUAGGCAAGACUCGGAAAUUAAUAAGUACAUUUGUUUCUUCAUUAAAUUUUUGUAUUUCCAGUAUUAUUUAAAAUUUUGGGUUUUUUGUUGGGUUGAUUCGAUGCCUUUUCCUUUGUUAUUAUCUAUUAAUUGGAUGUAUGCCCCCACAUGCAUUGUUUAUUAGAUAAUUUCUGACUGUGAGUCACCCAUCAUUAAUCCAUUCUUUAUUUUUAAACUGCUAGAGCAUUAGGACUAAGUUUCAGAUAUAAAUUAAGUACAUUCAUGUUUAUCUUUAAAUUUUUGGUAUGUUUGAAUUAAUAAUUUUUAUAGGCAAGACUCAGAAAUUAAUAAGUACUUUUGUUUCUAUCAUUUAAUUUUUGAAUUUCCAGUAUUUAAAAUUUUAGGGUUUUUUGUUGGGUUGAUUCGAUGCCUUUUCCUUUGUUAUUAUCUAUUAAUUGGAUGUAUGCCCCCACAUGCAUUGUUUAAUAGAUAAUUUCUGACUGUGAGUCGCCCAUCAUUAAUCCAUUCUUUAUUUUUGAACUGCUAGAGCAUUAGGACUAAGUUUCAGAAAUUAAUUAAGUACAUUCAUGUUUAUCUUUAAAUUUUUGGUAUGUUUGAAUUAAUAAUUUUUAUAGGCAAGACUCAGAAAUUAGUAAGUACAUUUGUUUCUAUCAUUAAAUUUUUGAAUUUCUAAUAUUAUUGAAAAUUUUUGGGUUUUUGUUGGGUUGAUUCGAUGCCUUUUCCUUUGUUAUUAUCUAUUAAUUGGAUGUUUGCCCCCACAUGCAUUGUUUAAUAGAUAAUUUCUGACUGUGAGUCACCCAUCAUUAAUCCAUUCUUUAUUUUUGAACUGCUAGAGCAUUAGGACUAAGUUUCAGAAAUUAAUUAAGUACAUUCAUGUUUAUCUUUAAAUUUUUGGUAUGUUUGAAUUAAUAAUUUUUAUAGGCAAGACUCAGAAAUUAGUAAGUACAUUUGUUUCUAUCAUUAAAUUUUUGAAUUUCUAAUAUUAUUGAAAAUUUUUGGGUUUUUGUUGGGUUGAUUCGAUGCCUUUUCCUUUGUUAUUAUCUAUUAAUUGGAUGUUUGCCCCCACAUGCAUUGUUUAAUAGAUAAUUUCUGACUGUGAGUCACCCAUCAUUAAUCCAUUCUUUAUUUUUGAACUGCUAGAGCAUUAGGACUAAGUUUCAGAAAUUAAUUAAGUACAUUCAUGUUUAUCUUUAAAUUUUUGGUAUGUUUGAAUUAAUAAUUUUUAUAGGCAAGACUCAGAAAUUAGUAAGUACAAUUGUUUCUAUCAUUAAAUUUUUUAAUUUCCAGUAUUAUUUAAAAUUUUGGGUUUUUUUGUUGGGUUGAUUCGAUGCCUUUUUCUUUGUUAUUAUCUAUUAAUUGGAUGUUUGCCCCCACAUGCAUUGUUUAAUAGAUAAUUUCUGACUGUGAGUCACCCAUCAUUAAUCCAUUCUUUAUUUUUGAACUGCUAGAGCAUUAGGACUAAGUUUCAGAAAUUAAUUAUGUACAUUCAUGUUUAUCUUUAAAUUUUUGGUAUGUUUGAAUUAAUAAUUUUUAUAGGCAAGACUCAGAAAUUAAUAAGUACAUUUGUUUCUAUCAUUAAAUUUUUGAAUUUCUAAUAUUAUUGAAAAUUUUUGGGUUUCUGUUGGGUUGAUUCGAUGCCUUUUCCUUUGUUAUUAUCUAUUAAAUGGAUGUAUGCCCCCACAUGCAUUGUUUAAUAGAUAAUUUCUGACUGUGAGUCACCCAUCAUUAAUCCAUUCUUUAUUUUUGAACUGCUAGAGCAUUAGGACUAAGUUUCAGAAAUUAAUUAAGUACUUUAAAUUUUGCUAUGUUUGAAUUAAAUAAUUUUUAUAGGCAAGACUCAGAAAUUAAUAAGUACAUUUGUUUCUAUCAUUAAAUUUUUUAAUUUCUAAUAUUAUUGAAAAUUUUUGGGUUUUUGUUGGAUUGAUUCAAUGCCUUUUCCUUUGUUAUUAUCUAUUAAUUGGAUGUUUGCCCCCACAUGCAUUGUUUAAUAGAUAAUUUCUGACUGUGAGUCACCCAUCAUUAAUCCAUUCUUUAUUUUUGAACUGCUAGAGCAUUAGGACCAAGUUUCAGAAAUUAAUUAAGUACAUUCAUGUUUAUCUUUUAAUUUUUGGUAUGUUUGAAUUAAUAAUUUUUAUAGGCAAGACUCAGAAAUUAAUAAGUACUUUUGUUUCUAUCAUUAAAUUUUUGAAUUUCCAGUAUUAUUUAAAAUUUUAGGGUUUUUUGUUGGGUUGAUUCAAUGCCUUUUCCUUUGUUAUUAUCUAUUAAUUGGAUGUUUGCCCCCACAUGCAUUGUUUAUUAGAUAAUUUCUGACUGUGAGUCACCCAUCAUUAAUCCAUUCUUUAUUUUUGAACUGCUAGAGCAUUAGGACUAAGUUUCUGAAAUUAAUUAAGUACAUUCAUGUUUGUCUUUAAAUUUUUGUUAUGUUUGAUUUAAUAAGUUUUAUAGGCAAGACUCAGAAAUUAAUAAGUACAUUAAAUUUAAAUUAAAUUAAAUUUAAAUUAAAUCACAUUUAUCCAUUCUCUCAUUAUUUUUACUUUUGAAUUUUGAAUUACUGUUAGAAAUAAAAUUCAGAAAUUAAUAAGUACAUUUGUUUCUAUCAUUAAAUUUUUGAAUUUCUAAUAUUAUUGAAAAUUUUUGGGUUUUUGUUGGGUUGAUUCGAUGCCUUUUCCUUUGUUAUUAUCUAUUAAUUGGAUGUUUGCCCCCACAUGCAUUGUUUAAUAGAUAAUUUCUGACUGCGAGUCACCCAUCAUUAAUCCAUUCUUUAUUUUUGAACUGCUAGAGCAUUAGGACUAAGUUUCAGAAAUUAAUUAAGUACAUUCAUGUUUAUCUUUUAAUUUUUGGUAUGUUUGAGUUAAUAAUUUUUAUAGGCAAGACUUGCAUAUCUAGCAAUAAGUAAGUAAGAAAACCUGAGUCUACUAGGUAUACACGUUCUGGACAAAACAACUUGACAGGUCUCCUACAUCACACUGACCUUGGGCUACUAGACUGUAAUUUCCAAACCAAAAAAGAUAACUGCAUGAAUUGUUGUUUAUAAAUAUAUAUGCAUAGGUUUCUUACAUAUAUGUUUGUUUGAUUUCAGCAACAUUUUUAAUCCCCCGCUACUAAAGGUGAAAGGUUUACCCUUUUACUAUCCAUAACAGUGGCGGGGGAUUAAGCUGUUUUUCAGACUGUCUUGUCCUGUGUAGCCAUGCAGAGAACCUACCAUGUGCUGGGAUCAAAUAUGUGACCGUAGCCAGGCAGAGAACCUACCGCUUGGGCUGGAAUCAAAUCUACCAUUUGUGCUGGAAUGGAACCUAUGACGCCCACCCACUUAGCUAAAUAGAUAUAGCGUUGGUCUAUGGAUCACGGGGUCGUGAGUUCGAUCCUCGGGUGGGGUGUAUAUGUUCUCCGUGACUAUUUGAUAAACGACAUUGUGUCUGAAAUCAUUUGUCCCCCACCUCUGAUAAUUCAUGUGGGGAAGUUGGCAGUUACUUGCGGAGAACAGGUUUGUACUGGUACAGAAUCCAGGAACACUGGUUACGUUAACUGCCCGCCAUUACAUGACUGAAAU